CACAGACAGACAAAAGUGAGAGGCGUGGACACGGGACUCGAGGGAGACAGCGCGCGCGCUAGUAGGCAGUGGCGUGGCGUGGCGUGGCGUGGCGCGAGAACACACGACGACUUCCUCGGCGCGCGCACCAAGUUUCAAGGUCUCCUCGGCUCCUCGCCGUCGCCGCCCUACCGAAUCUCUUUACUACCUCUGGAACGGUCGGCAGCGGCUGCAUAGCCUCGUGCCGCGUGGGCCGCCGGCCGUCGCACAGGCACAGCGCGUCGUCGCGUCCCGAUCGAGCGGUCGCUCGCUCGCCCGCCCGGCCCGGGCGCCCGCGCGCCGCCGGCGCGAUGGGCUGCGCGUCGUCCAAGCAGUUCGGCAGGAGCGCGUCGUCGGCGCACGAGGAUCCCGCCGUGCUGGCGUCCCAGACCUCAUUCACGGUGAACGAGGUGGAGGCGCUGUACGAGCUGUACAAGAAGCUGAGCUUCUCCAUCGUCAAAGACGGGCUCAUCCACAAGGAGGAGUUUCAGUUCGCCUUGUUCAGGAACAGCAAGAGAGCGAACCUCUUCGCGGACAGGGUCUUCGAUCUGUUCGAUCUCAAACGGAACGGAGUCAUCGAUUUCGAGGAAUUCGUGCGGUCGCUCAGUGUGUUCCACCCUAACGCAGAUACAUCGGAGAAGACAGCGUUCGCGUUCAAGCUGUAUGAUCUAAGAGGGACAGGUUACAUCGAAAAAGAAGAGCUCAGAGAGAUGGUCUUGGCACUGCUUGACGAGUCUGAUCUCUGCCUUUCAGAUAGCACCGUUGAGACGAUUGUCGAUAAUACAUUCAGUCAAGCGGACUCGAAUGGGGACGGCAGGAUAGAUCCUGAAGAAUGGGAAGAAUUCGUGAAGAAGAACCCGGCAACAUUAAGAAACAUGUCUCUCCCCUAUUUGCAGGACAUUACCAUGUCAUUUCCGAGCUUCAUAAUGCAUUCAGAAGCCAGUGACUGAAGUAUUUGAGUACAGCUGCGUACACAGUUCCAUCAGCUCUGUUGUGCCUUAGUUAGCUCCUGAGUUUCUUGGAGCCUACACAGCCUAGUCCAUGGCACGAGGCACCGGAGCAAGUUCAGAAUGUAGCUGCAACGGAGUGCAUGAGAGUUGCUGCCACACGCUGCAGCCUAACAAGAUGGUGACGAAAAUUCAUCUGAAUGUUAAGUUUCAGAUGGUAAGCAGGCAAUGAAUUCCUCGGUAUCCAAACAUCGUGGAGGAUCCUACGUUAAAGAAAAUAUUGCAGAGGAUCAACAAGUCUGUUCAUCGAAGCAGACAAGCAGUGCCUGAGUUCAGAAGUUAGCUGCCCACUACUGAGAUGCUUUCGUCUUGCGUAUAGUUGUAAUUGUAACAAGGAAAGAAUAACUUGUGGAGACUUGGUAUUGUUGAUGAACUUUACUACUUUAGUACCUAAGUAGUUUUUAGCUGCUCAGGUAUUUUCA